AGAAACGGGAGGGGGUGACCACGCUCAGUGACGUAGUCGCAUCCUACAUUUACAUGUUCUAUCUAAAUUGCCGAGAGCAGUUUGUAGUCACAACAAUGGAUGCUAAUCCACCCAAGAAGAAGAGGAAGAUCUGUACUGACGAGACAGCGGCGGCGCUGUCACUUCCCGAUGCCGUCGUUCUCGAUAUUCUGGAGAGGCUGCCCACCGACGAUGUCCUCCGGUUUCGCCACGUAUGCAGAGCCUGGAGCGCCACGGUCGGCCGCGACCCCGCCUUCGCCCGCGCGCACCUGCAGCGCUGGCGGGCGGAGAUGCCCGUGGUCUCGCCGUGCAGCCCCGGGUCGGGCCCAUUCCUCAAGAUAUACCGGUACCGUGAGUCCGGCGAGUGCGGCGGGCCCGUGUCACGGGUCCAGCUCCGCUCCCCGCGGAGCUUCGACCGCAGCAUCGUGCACUGCGACGGCGUCCUCCUCGUCUGCAGCGCCGCGGAGCUGCUCGCGUGGAACCCGGCCACCGGCGAGUCGGCGCGGCUCCCGCGCGGCGCGCCCAGCUGCAGCGGCGCCGGCAUCGACCGCCUCGGCUUCUGCUACGACGCGGCCGCGCGCGCGCUCAAGGCGGUCCGCUACUACUACCGCGUCCACGACGUCCAGGCCGGGGCGUACAGCAUCGGCGUCGAGGUCCUCGCGCUGGGGCAGGGCCAGGGCCCGCCCUCGUGGCGCCCUGCCGCCCGUGAUCCGCCGUGCCCGAUCUACGGCACGCCCCCCGCGUCCGUCGGCAGCACGGUGUACUGGGUCAUCGACGACCGCUUCCUCGACGGCGCCGGCGCCGGCCCCAAGUCGCAGGCCCAGCCCGGAGCGUCCACCCUCCUCUCCUUCGACGUGACGAGCGGCGAGUACAGCGUUGUCGACGGUCCCCCGUGCCGGUGGAGGUGCCAGGACGUGGCGCUGGGCAACGUGGGCGGCGCGCUGUGCGUCGUCGCGACGUGGAAGAGCUUGCUAGGCACGGUGUGGCUGCGCACGGCGGCGGGGACGUGGACGCAGGUCCUCGGGUUGGACACGGAGUACAUAUUGGCGCGUGUGGUGCCGGUGGGGAUGUGCGCGAGCACAGGGGAGAUGCUGCUGCUCGCGGGCCGGUCCAUGCACCACUGCUGCAUCGCCGGCACCGGAAAGGCGCGCGUGGUGGUCGACGUUAGAGGGCAGCUGAAGAACUGCGGACGUAAUUCUGCGCGCAGUGGAGUGAUCGCCAAGACGCUCGUGUUCAUGUACACGCCGUCGCUCAUAAAGAUCGCUGGUUGAUUGAAAGCUGGAUUUCAGCCGGAUCUUUGUAGGUGUAUAGGCCAAACUAGCCAUGCCCGCGCGACUGUAUGCCGCGUCCCGUCGAUACGUUAUGUGUAUAUAUACUAUUUUUAUUUCGUGUGAUGAAAAAUAAGAGUUUUAUGAGGAUAAGUUUGCA